AUGGCUACCAGAACAAAGAACGCCUUGAACAACCAGGUCCCAGCUGGGGCUGAACUGACUGCCAUGUCCCCCGUUCAACCAGAUCCAUAUCUCGUUGCCUUCGAUGACCAGGAUAGCGAGAACCCCAAGAACUGGCCAGAAAGACGGAAGUGGACUGUAACCAAUGUCCUCUCGGUAACUGGCUUCAAUCGAAUCCUCGUGUCAACUGUCAUGGCCCCUGCACUGUCCUUGAUUGCAGUCGAUUUGGAGAUGAACUCGACUGAGGCUAUGAUGGCCUUGAGCAUCUACUUGCUGGCAACUGCUUUCGGCCCGCUUGUGAUCGGACCAUUGUCCGAAGUCUACGGCCGCCAGGUGAUCUUGCACGCGUCCAACAUAUGGUUCUUGGUCUGGAACAUCGCUUGUGGCUUUGCAAGCUCCAAGGAGCUGCUCAUUGCUGCCCGGUUCUUAGCCGGCUUCGGAGCCAGCGCUAUAUACGCACUUGGAGGUGGAGUCCUGGGUGAUAUAUGGCGCCCAGAGGAGCGUGGGAGGUCUCUUGGGUGGUUUCUUCUGGUUCCUCUGCUGGGAGCCGCAGUAGGCCCAAUCGUUGGUGGCUUCAUGACAUAUCGCGUCUCUUGGAGAUGGAUGUUCUGGUCAACAUCCAUCUUUCAAUUUGCCAUGGUUGUCGUCUCACUGACCAGCUUCCGCGAGACGUUUGCCCCAGCAAUUCUUAAAAAACGAGCCAAGAAGCUGCGCAAAGAAACAGGUGCUCCAUACUACACACAAGAAGAGCGGCACCGAAGCCAAUCAAAUCUCGCUAUUAUUCUUGGCCAAGCUUUGAGCCGCCCGCUACGGCUUCUUGCCUUCCAUCCAAUCAUCCAAGUAUCAUCCAUCAUCUCUGCCAUCAGCUAUGGGCUUCUGUACAUUGUUCUUGCGAGUUUCGCCGACCUUUGGAUCCAUCAUUACCAUCAGUCCGUGGAGAUCAGUGGCCUCCACUACAUUUCUUGCAUGCUUGGAGAACUCGCUGGGUCUCAGCUUGCUGGGCCUUUGAUGGACUAUUCGUUCCGCAGAAUGGAACGCCGUGCCGAUGGACAACCUGUUCCUGAACAUCGCAUCCCCCUCAUACUGCCUGGUGCUAUUCUGGCCCCCUUUGGCUUCAUUAUCUAUGGGUGGUGUGCUCAGUACAAGGUUCACUGGGCUUGGGUCGAUGUUGGCAUGUUUUUCACAACCUUUGGCAUGCAGAUUGCAGGCAUGCCCAUGCAGGCAUACACGAUCGAUGCUUAUCCGGAUCAUACAUCCAGUGCCAUGGCGGCAACACAGUUCCUCAGAAGCUUGACUGCAUUCUUGUUCCCCCUGUUUACCCCAAAGAUGUACUCGGUUCUGGGUUACGGAUGGGGAAACAACACUAUGGCUUUGGCAAGACUCUUCUUUGGAAUUCCAGCACCACUUCUCAUGUGGAGGUAUGGGGCGAGGUUGCGGGCAAGGGCAACAUCGAGCUUCUAG